UGUCGAACGUUUCCAGAUGUACAGUUACAAAGGAUAAAGCAAAGGGAUGGACAAGAGAGACAGAGAGAACAGAGCUCGCUUCCAUGUCUACGUAACCUUCUGCAAAUGUGACUCCGCCGGGUGUUAAAGCGGCGACGGCAGCCUCAUCAGGCGAAGAAGCAUUUGCGUGGCUGAUGAGAUCUUUAAAGCGCGAUCUCAGCUUACGUUACUGCCGUCCCCAAACACUGCCACAGGAUGUUGGCCCCCUCCUCUCUUUUCUUGCUUCCGUAUAUAAAUCCGGCCUUCCCCAGCCCCUUCCUCCUCCUAUCCACCUUGCUUCCCUGUGAUCCUCGUCGGUCCUCCCCCGCCUCCCUCUCAUACGGCCUUCCCCACGUUAGCAUCUAGACGCUUUCUCGGGACGCAUGGCGCACACCCUGCUGCUACCGCUCUUCGUCAUGUGCGGGCUGACGUCCACCGUCGGGACCACGGUGGAGCCCGCCGAGAUGCUUCUCCAGCCCGCCGGGGAGGGCCAGCUUAGCUUGGACCCCUCGGAGGUCGCCGCGGCGGCUGUCGACUUCGGAGGUGCCGCCAGGGCCGAGCCGCUGGCCGUCAUGCGCCCGGGUUGCGCGGGCGACGUCGCGCGCCUCGUCCGCGCGGCCUACCGCUCGGCCCGCUGGUUCCCGGUCUCCGCCAGGGGUCACGGCCACUCGACCAACGGCCAGGCGCUCUCGCCGGGCGGCGUCGUGGUCCAGAUGAGCCGCGGCCGGAUCGCGCCCCGCCCGGUGCCGGCGUACUCGCCGUCCACGGGCGAGUACUACGUCGACGUCUGGGGGGGUGAUCUCUGGGUCGAUGUGUUGAACUGGACGCUGGCCAACGGCGGCCUCGCGCCCAAGUCGUGGACCGACUACCUCUACUUGUCGGUCGGCGGCACGCUCUCCAAUGCCGGCAUAAGCGGGCAAGCCUUUCACCAUGGGCCUCAGAUCAGCAAUGUCUACGAGCUCGAUGUGGUCACAGGCAAGGGCGAGCUGAUAACAUGCUCAGAAGAGCAGAACUCAGAGCUGUUCCAUGGAGUUCUCGGUGGUCUGGGACAGUUUGGGAUCAUCACCAGAGCCCGGAUUGCACUGGAGACAGCUCCCCACAGGGUGAGAUGGAUCCGAGUGCUGUACUCCGAUUUCGCGGCCUUCACCAGAGACCAGGAGCUCCUCGUCUCGCUCCACGGCGCCCACCGGAGCGAGAGGUUCGACUACGUCGAAGGCUUCGUCAUCGUUGACGAAGGCCUCAUCAACAACUGGAGGUCGUCCUUCUUCUCCCCCAAGAACCCUGUCAAGAUAAGCUCUGUUCACGCCAACGCCGGCCUUCUCUACUGCUUGGAGAUGACCAAGAACUACGACUCCUCCGCCGCCGACUCCAUCGACGAGGUGGUGGAAGCGCUGCUGGGGCAGCUGGGCUACAUACCGGCGUCGGUCUUCACCACCGACCUCCCCUACGUCGACUUCCUCGACCGCGUCCACAAGGCGGAGAUGAGGCUCCGUGCCAAGGGGCUGUGGGCGGUGCCGCACCCGUGGCUCAACCUCUUCGUGCCGGCGUCACGGAUCGCCGACUUCAACCGCGGCGUCUUCCGCGGCAUCCUCGGCAACAAGAGCAGCGGACCCAUCCUCAUCUACCCCAUGAACAAGCACAAGUGGGAUGAUCGGAGCUCGGUGGUGACGCCGCACGAGGACACGUUCUACUUGGUCGCCUUCCUACGGUCGGCUCUUCCGGACUCCGGUGAUCCGACUCAAAGUUUGGAGUACCUCAGCCGUCAAAACAAGAAGAUCUUAGAAUUCUGCGACGAUGCCGGGAUUGAGAUCAAGCAAUACCUCCCCGACCACCGAUCCCGAGCCAAGUGGGCCCGACAUUUUGGGCCGAAAUGGGGCCGAUUCCUUCGCCGAAAGGAUCGAUUCGACCCAAAGUGCAUGUUGGCCACAGGCCAAGGGAUCCUUCCACCCUCCUCCUCCGGUUUCCCCUGGUGAGGAACUCCAUGACUCACCACAGAGCAUCAACAGAACAAAAGGUGAUGAUAGGAAAAGAUAGUUCUUAGGAGUGUCCUAGAAAUCCUAAAGUUACACAUCCUUUUGUAUCGUCAAUAUGGGUAAGGACAUAACAAGAGCAUAACCAUUAAAUA